CCUGAGAUCGUCUCUACGCUGCUUUUGUCGAAUGCUUCCAAUCUGAUGUACGACUUGAAACCCUGGUGACUUCAACGAACAGUAUUAUAAACUCUCAGACAUAAAUGUGUUGGAUUCAAGCUCACAACGAUAGCGUCCUGCUAAAACGCUCAAGCACGAUAGUCUGGAUUAGCUAAUUUCCUCAGAUGACGGCCUCUCUUUACUCUAUACAGAAGGAUAUGCAACAGUCAAACUAUGAAUCUUUCAAUCAUUCUGUUGGAGAACCAAGCCAAUUAAGGGUGAAGGAAAAGAUCUCUGAUAAUCCACUGACCACAACCCUAUCACCAGAGAGACUGCUUGAUAACCCACAGAAAGUUCUCUUCAGUGAAUCAGAGGAAAAGCCUCUCUAUGGGAAGUCUGCAAAGGGUUGUAUGAAGUUGCGAGGUAGGUCAGCAUGUGAAGUUGCAGAGCCUCCCUCUGAACGCUGUUUGCGAUCGAAAGCACUGAAGAAGCCUCUGAAUGGGUCGCCUAUAUCUGAGGCAGAAAAAAGUCAUCUGGGGUGCUCUUCCAGAACACACAAAAAGCCACAUGAUGAAACAUCUCUGACUAACACUAGUACAAAGACUGUGGAUGUUCCAGUCAAAGAUGUCAAAAAGCUGAAUAUUGAUGAUCUGUUGAAUGGGCCUCAAAGAAAAAGAGGACCUAAAAAAAGGUCUCUUGGGAAAAGGGACUCAGACAUGCUUUCACCUCUAGCCACAGAACAGUCUGGUUGCAGCAGUUCUCCCAUUCGCAGCCUUUGCACUGCCAAUUCCUUAGCAAACACACCAAAGAGAUGGAAGGGAAGGACGCGGUUGACGCAAGUAGCUUUUCUUGGCUCUACACUGGAUCGUAACCCAGCCACUGAUAACCUGUUUACUGCCACACUGUCUGCCCUGGGAGCCAAGCAAGAAGAUCCAGAGCAUACCAGCCAAUCAGAGACACCAGAAUUAAAUUCACCAUGCAAGAAAUCUAAGGCUCAACAUCGACGUAGAAGUCCUAAGGCUGUGCCAGAAACUACUCGGCCCAGAUCAGCCAGGAGGCGAGUGAAAAUGGAGCAGUUGCAUAUUUGUAGAACAAAUGAUUGCCCUCCAGCCAAGAGACGGCGCGGGAAGGGACAGAAGAUCUUAAAAGGAGAUGUAAAGAUGAAUGUCACUGCACAGCCACCUCAGGGAUGCAGGCCGAGAUACUCAAAAGAGCAAGAAAGGAUAACUCAAGACGAGACUUCUGAGUCUUCAGACCUUUCUAUAGAGCUAAGUCAACAUGAAGACCAGCUGUCCUCGCUCUCUGAGGAGGAGGAGGAACUACCAAGUUUCUUAACGCAGGCAGAUGAAAAACCCCCAUCCAUUUCAGAAGGAGUGUUUGUGUGGUGCAAAUUGAGGACUUAUACAUUCUGGCCUGCACUGGUUAAAAGUGUGAACCGUAAACUGAAAAGAGCAAGCAUCUUGUUCAUUGAGAACCCAUUGAUUGACAUAAAGAGGAAAGGGUUUACUGUGGCUCUUAAAACCUUAAAGCCGUUUGACUGUAAAGAGGCCAGUCAGUUGAUGAAUAAAGCCAAAGAGAAGUAUGGUGCCACCAUUGAAUGGUCCCUAGAGCUGAUAUCUGACUAUAGAAUUCGUAUUGCAUGUAGCUCAUUUACUGGUUCCUUCAUUGAAUACUUGGCUCAUGAUAUGAGCUAUCCAGUACGGAAGAAGUACCCACAAGGAUCCUCAGAAAUAUUAACCAUUCCCAGUAAGCUGGUAAUGGAGGAGCAUGUCAUUGGUGAGCAGCAGGAGGAGAUGGUCAAGUGUUCAAAGAGGCUGCUGCCUGAUCGGACCCAUGCCGCCCAUAACCGUGCUAACAAUAAGCUGGUGCACUUCAUUGUCAAGGAGCGCAAGGCGGAAAAAUACCUACUGGCUAUAAUCAGUGGACAGCAGUGUUCCAGGUGGCUACACUCAUUCCUUAGUAGGGGUCAAAAGCAGAUGGUGGAGACCUACUUGGAGGAGGAUGCGCAGUUAGACCAAGUCUACCAGUACCUGAAUGAACUUUAUUGCACAGCCCCUGCAACUGCUCCCUGCUUGGCCAACAUGAAGUUCACUGAGUGUGUCCGCUUUGUCCUAGAUGUGCUCCUACCUGAGGCCAUCAUUUAUGCCAUUGCUGGAGUGGAUAAUGUGUCAUUAAGAAAUGCAGAGGAAAAGUACCUAAAAGGACGACGUAUAAGCAACAGAGAAAAACAGGAGAUUGACUGGAUGAUUGAACAACAGAUGAAGAUGAGAUCAGUGCGUCAGAGUACUGCACAUGCAACAGCACCUCCCUGACUAUUCAUAUACUCCAGCUUAUUUUGGAGGAUUCAUGUAUACUGGAAUUACAAAAUAAUUUAUUUUGCUUUAUACCACGAACCUUUGCCCCCCCCCCCUUUUCUCCCCAAUUCUACAUGGCCAAUUACCCCACUCUUCCGAGCCAUCCCGGUCACUGCCCCACCGCCUCUGCCAAGCCAGGGAGGGCUGCAGACUACCACAUGCCACCUCUGAUACAUGUGGAGUCGCCAGCCGCUUCUUUUCAUCUGACAGUGAGGAAUUUCACCUGGGGGACGUAGCACGUGGGAGGAUCACGCUAUUCCCCCCAGUUCCCCCUUCCCCUCUAACAGGCGCCACAGCCGACCAGAGGGGGCGCUAGUGGAGCGACCAGGACACAUACCCACAUCCGGCUUCCCACCCACAGACACGACCAAUUGUGUCUGUAGGGACGCCCGACCAAGCCAGAGGUAACACAGAGAUUUGAACUGGUGAUCCCCAUGUUGGUAGGCAACGGAAUAGACUGCCAUGCCACCCAGACGCCCCAAGGUCCUUUUUAAUUUCUUUGGCUUUGUAAAUAUACACUCUGUGUUAAAAUGUACUGCCAAGUGUGACUUUUAAAGUUGAAUAAAAAGGGGGGUAUUUGUUUGUUUG